AUGAAACGUUGCGCCGGCGUCGUCGAGACGAGGCUCUGCCUGGUACGCCGUUGGGCAGCUGCUGCCGGGAUGGGUCCCCGCAUCGCCUUCGCUGAGACGCGCCCACCUACGCCGACGGAGACCGCAGACCUCGGCAUAUGCGGUCGUUCUCCACUACAAGCAUAAAGUCGUGGUCCCAUAGUGGGAUUCGGUCGCGCCAAACAGGCACACAGGCAGCCCGAUUCGGGGGGACUGCCUGUCCCCAUUACGGGGGAGGGCCUAGAAAAGGUGGCCUAAACAUUGCUGGGCACCACGCCGUCUCCAGGCUAGCCAGGGCCGCAGACGUCUAAACAUGGUCGAAACACUCAAAACCGAAACAACAACAAUACCAAUAAUAACAACAACAACCAUACUCCUUCUCCUCAUCCUACCUCUUCUACCUCUAUCUCCGUCUAUUCUUCUGCCUAUUUUUCUCCUUCGUCAUCUUCUUCUCCACCUCCUUCCCGUCGCCCCACUCGUUUUCCCCAGACUGACAGGGUGAGCCCGCUCACUCUGGCAGCCUGGAAUGUUCGUUCCCUUUUAGACAAUCCGAGGAGCAACCGACCGGAACGGAGGACGGCGCUAGUGGCACGAGAACUGGCGCGCUACAAGGUGGACAUCGCCGCACUCAGCGAGACCCGAUUCUCCGAACAAGGCCAACUGGAGGAGGUGGGUGCCGGUUACACCUUCUUCUGGAGUGGUCGACCCAGGGCAGAGCGACGAGACGCGGGCGUCGCCUUCGCGAUCCGGACCGACAUCGUGGGACGACUGCCCUGUUUGCCGCAAGGAAUCAACGACCGUCUGAUGAGCCUCCGCCUGCCUCUCCGGCGAGGACGCAAAUUCGCCACCAUCAUCAGCGCCUACGCUCCGCCCAUGACCAACCCUGACGCCGUCAGAGACAAAUUCUACGAGGACCUGCACGCCCUCUUGGCGACUGUGUCGAAGGCGGACAAGUUGAUUGUCUUUGGUGACCUCAACGCCCGCGUCGGCACAGACCAUACUGCCUGGAGGGGAGUGCUGGGUCCUCACGGUCUCCGCGGCUCCAACGACAACGGCCUGCUGCUCCUCCGCAGCUGCGCAGAACACCGCCUCAUCCUGACGAACACGUUCUUCUGUCUGCCGGAGCGAGAGAAGGCCACCUGGAGGCAUCCGCGGUCGCGUCAGUGGCACCUGCUGGACUAUGUCCUCGUCCGGAGGCGAGAUCAGCGGGACGUGCUGGUGACGAAGGCGAUCGCGGGUGCUGACGGGUGGACCGACCAUCGCCUCGUCAUCUCGAAGAUGCGUAUUCGCCUACAGCCUCGCAGGAGACCACAAGGUAAGCGACCCCCAGGUAAGCUGAAUGUUGCUUUGUUGUCUUUGCCUGCUCAUCGUCUCCAUUUCAGCAACGAGCUAGCUCAACGGCUAGACAACCUUCCUAUCGCUGCCGCCGACGACGACGCCGCCGCCGCCGCUGCCGAGAACACCUCCGUGGAAAACCGCUGGUGUCAACUGCGAGACACGGUCCAGUCGACGGCGUUUGCCGUACUCGGUCGCGCUUCCCGCCAACACCAGGACUGGUUCGACGACAACGACGCCGCCAUCAGAAAUCUGCUUGCUGAGAAGAACCGCCUCCACAAAGCCUACGUAGAUCACCCCACUGAGGACAACAAAGCUGCCUUCUACCGCAGUCGCCGACAGCUUCAGCAACGACUGCGCGAGAUGCAGGACGCCUGGACUGCUCGCAAAGCUGAGGAGAUCCAAGGCUACGCGGACCGCAACGGAUUGAAGAACUUCUCCGCGAUCAAAGCUGUCUACGGUCCGCCGACGAAGGGCACUGCUCCUCUCCUCAGCGCCGAAGGCAGCACUCUCCUGACUGAGAAGACACAAAUCCUACAGCGAUGGGCCGAGCACUUCCGAGGCGUCCUCAACCGCCCUUCCGUCAUCUCCGACGCCACCAUCGCCCGCUUGCCGCAAGUGGAGACCAACGCGGACCUCGACCUCCCGCCAUCUCUCCAGGAAACCAUCAGGGCCGUGCAGCAACUCUCCAGCGGGAAAGCACCCGGAUCGGACGCAAUCCCUGCUGAGGUCUACAAGCACGGAGGUCCGCUACUGAUGGAUCACCUGACUGCGCUCUUCCAGGAGAUGUGGCGUCAAGGUGAAGUCCCGCAAGAUUUCAAGGACGCAAAUAUCUUGCACCUUUACAAGCGAAAAGGGAAUCGCCAAGUCUGCGACAAUCACCGCGGCAUCCCCUACUGAACAUCGCCGGGAAGAUCUUCGCUCGCAUCCUGCUCAACCGCCUCAAUAACCAUCUGGAACAGGGCCUUCUGCCGGAAAGCCAAUGCGGCUUCCGUCGUCAUCGUGGGACCACGGAUAUGAUCUUCGCAGCCCGUCAACUUCAGGAGAAGUGCCAGGAGAUGCGGACCCACCUGUACUCUACCUUUGUGGACCUGACGAAAGCCUUCGACAUGGUGAAUCGUGAAGGAGUGUGGAAGAUCAUGCAGAAAUUCGGCUGUCCGGAGCGAUUCACUCAGAUGGUGCGUCAGCUGCACGACGGUAUGAUGGCGCGAGUCACGGACAACGGAGCUGUCUCAGAGGCAUUCGCAGUGACCAACGGAGUGAAGCAGGGCUGUGUGCUGGCGCCUACCCUCUUCAGUCUCAUGUUCUCUGCCAUGCUGAUGGACGCCUACCGCGACGAACGCCCCGGGAUCCGCAUCGCCUACAGGACGGACGGUCGUCUCCUGAGUCAACGGCGCAUGAACUUCCAAUCGCGUGUAUCCACAGCCACCGUGCACGAACUCCUCUUCGCCGACGACUGCGCCCUGAACACCACCUCCGAAGCGGAGUUGCAACGGAGCAUGGACCUAUUCGCCGACGCCUGCGAGAACUUUGGGCUGGUUAUCAACACGCAGAAGACGGUGGUGAUGCAUCAGCCGCCUCCCAACUCAGCCACAACCCCCAACGCGCCGCAAAUCAACGUGAAUGGGACUCAACUGCAAGUGGUAGAGAACUUCCCGUACCUGGGCAGCACGCUCUCCCGCAACACCAAUAUUGACGACGAAGUCGCCAACAGGAUCUCGAAAGCCAGUCAAGCCUUCGGUCGCCUCCACAGCACAGUUUGGAAUCGUCAUGGUCUCCAACUGAGCACAAAGCUGAAGAUGUACAAGGCCGUCAUCCUGCCGACGUUACUGUACGGAGCGGAGACAUGGACGGUGUACACGAGACAGGCACGCCGACUGAACCACUUCCACCUCAGUUGUCUCCGUCGCAUCCUGAGGCUGAACUGGCAGGAUCGAAUCCCCGACACGGAAGUACUGGAACGAACGGGAAUCCUCAGCAUCUACGCCAUACUGAAACAAAUGCAGCUGCGCUGGAGCGGCCACCUGGUGCGCAUGGACGACGAGCGACUACCCAAACGACUCUUCUACGGAGACGUCGCGACGGACAAAUGCAGCUGCGCUGGAGCGGCCACCUGGUGCGCAUGGACGACGAGCGACUACCCAAACGACUCUUCUACGGAGACGUCGCGACGGGUUCUCGUCGUCAAGGAGGCCAAAUUCGCCGUUACAAGGAUACUCUGAAGUCCUCCCUGAAGCGCCUGCAAAUCAACCCGACCAACUGGGAAGAGCUCGCUCGCGAUCGUCCGACAUGGAGGAGAACAGUGAAGACGGGAGCUGCUAUCUAUGAAGCCAACCGAAUCGCCGCCGCCAAAGCGAAACGCGAAGCCCGCAAAUCACAACUUCGCCCAGUAAGCAACGCGGCCGCACAACCUCCACCUACGUGUCCUCGAUGUCAACGGACAUUCCGGGAAGGAAUCGGUCUUGUUGGACAUCUCCGAAUUAACUGCACCUCUCGAACUGCUUCAGCCAUCGUCCCCCCGCCCGCCUCUUCCUCCUCUGUUCCGCCAACUAACUCUGACACUCCUUCUGCACCACCACUUCCAUCCUCCUCCUUCUCCUCCACUGCCCCAGCGGAGGCCGUUCAGGCUGCCGUCUCACACAUCGCCAACCACGACACAACAACCACAACCACCCCCACCCCUCCAGAUUCCAGUGAUGAGGAUCAGGACUACACCUGCCCUCACUGCGACCGCACCUUCACCUCUCGCAUCGGCCUGGUCGGUCACUUGCGAAUCCAUCGCACAGAGACUGGUGAACCAGUGCCUGGAGCGCCAACCUACACCCACCGCACUCGCCUCCACUGCCCACACUGCCCUCGCACCUUCACUCAUCGCAUGGGUCUAUUUGGCCACAUGCGCAUCCACGAGAGCGGAAUUGACCGCAGCCUUGACACACCCACCCCGCCAAGCCCCACUCCCAAACCACCACCUUGCGCACCCACUAACCACUCCACAGCCGACAUUGACGCCACCGACCUUACCACCCCUCACUCCUCCCCUUCCUCCUCCUCUUCCUCCUUCACUGCCACAACGACGGCCGCUUCGGCGUCUGUCGCCCACGACCUCACCACAGCCAAACCUGACACAACAACAGGCACAAGCCCUGCAACAUCCAUCAUCAGACGUGAGGGCCAGGGCUACAUCUGCCCUCACUGCGAUCGCACCUUCACUUCACGCAUCGGCCUGGUCGGUCACUUGCGAAUCCAUCGCACAGAGACCGGCGAACCAGUGCCUGGAGCACCAACCUACACUCACCGCACUCGCCUCCACUGCCCACACUGCCCUCGCACCUUCAGGCAUCGCAUGGGUCUAUUUGGCCACAUGCGCAUCCACGAGAGCGGAAUUGACCACAAUUCCGAUACAGCCACGACAUCCAAAAUAUCCACCACGCCCAGACGCACCCUCGCUCCACCGUCACACGCGCCAACCACCACCACCACCGCCACCACCACCAACACCACCGCUUCCUCUACAGCUGGCACCGACACCGCCGACCUCUCAUGCCCACAUUGUCCACGCACCUUCACCUCACGCAUCGGCCUGGUGGGUCACUUGCGAAUCCAUCGCACAGAGACUGGCGAACCAGUGCCUGGAGCACCAACCUACACCCACCGCACUCGCCUCCACUGCCCACACUGCACUCGCACCUUCACGCAUCGCAUGGGUCUAUUCGGCCACAUGCGCAUCCACGACGACCUGCGGUGGACAACCGCUGGUCACACCACACAUUCCCUCACUCCCUACCUCCUAACACCAUCACCCCAUCAGACAUCAACCCCUACACACCUCAUGCACUUAACUGCCGCCUCCCACGCAAGUGGUAAGUGUGCAUCUCGACUCGGUCCCCAUGCGGCUUUGGAUGCACGGGUGACUUGUGUUCGAGACUAUCCCGACACGUCAAGCGUCGUGGAUAGGAAGGUUGCUGAUUGA